CAGCCAUCCGUUUUAUCUCGCAUCAGACAGGAUAAAAGGAGUACGCCAGCUUUAACUGUCAAAGCUUCACCGUUUCUUUACCGAAACCUUAACCAUGUGGGCGUGCACGGGCGUACUGGUGGUCUCGGUGAUGGUGUGUGUGACAGCGAAGAUGAAGGCAUCGGACCCCAACGUCCAGAUCAAUGACUUCACUCAGCUGGACUUCAGCCCACGACCCCGUCCAGACCAACACUGAGUUCGACCCCAUCAUGUUGGCCGGCAUGUUCCAAGGGGACAUCCUGUUGCACAGCGAGGAGGAGCUCGUGCAGAUGACGAUGCCUCAUCACGCUGGAGGGAGAAACGCCAUUAUUAGCGAGGACCGACGUUGGCCCAAUGCUGUUAUCCCCUAUGUGAUCUCGUCUUCCUAUACCAAGAGCGAGAGAAGCACCAUAGCGGCGGCCAUGGCAGAAUUCCACCGGUCUACGUGUAUUCGCUUUGCUCCCCGAAAUUCGGAGAAGGACUAUAUACAUAUCUUGAAAGGAGACGGGUGUUACAGCUCCGUGGGUCGGACUGGCGGGGCUCAAGCAGUGUCUGUGGGUUUGGGAUGUCUUCACGUGGGCAUUGUGGAGCACGAACUGAUGCACGCUACGGGUUUCUGGCACGAGCAUUCCCGCUUCGACCGGGACGACCACAUCACUAUCGACUACUCCAACAUCGAGGAAGGCAUGGAGUACAACUUCGAGAAGUAUGACUGGGACACCAUCCAGAGCCUGGGCGUCGGGUAUGACUUGGGUUCCAUCAUGCACUACGGCGCGCAUGCCUUCGCCAGCGACCGGACGAAACCCACGAUCAUCCCCCGACCCCCUACGGCCGAGAUCGGACAGCGGCGCGGAUUCUCCAGGAGUGACAUCAAGAAACUGAGCCUCUUGUACAACUGUGACGGUUUCACGUCGGGCACUGUGACUACUACUCCUCCCGUUGUUCCUCCGGCGCCUGGCGGGUGCGAAGACAGCCACAGGCACUGCAGCACGUGGGCGCAAAGCGGAGAAUGCGAGAAAAACCCAGACUGGAUGUUAACGAACUGUCGAAAGGCGUGUAACAAAUGCGGUAACACGUGUACAGAUACGAACGUGUUCUGCAAAGAGUGGAGUCAGAUGGGCGAGUGCACACGAAACGCGCCUUACAUGAGUCUUUUCUGUAAGAAGUCGUGCGGUGUCUGUGACGACCUUGAUCCGGAUCCAGAACCAACGAAGCCAAAGAAAUGCAAGAACCAAAACAAACACUGCAAGCAAUGGGCGUCCGAUGGCCAGUGCCGAGUGAAUCCUGCGUACAUGCUGGACAAGUGUAAAAAAGCGUGCAAGGUUUGUUAGUAAUACGGAAACUGGCAACUGACGAAUCUGAGGCCGUUUUUCUCUGUUAUUUUGAGAUGUUUAAUGUGAUGAGACAUG